UUGGUGGGCUAAUUUUUAAAUCAGCUUUUGUACAUUGAAACUAAAGUCUGCACCAAUCAAGUCUUAAACAAUUAUUUAUAUAUGGAGGGAUGCUUUCACAAUAUUCAAAUCAAAAAUGAAAAGCCAAGCCCGUUUCUGUAAAAGAAUUCUUGUGAUACCUGCACUACAUUAUGGUGACUCUGUACAAAGAGUCAACUAACACGGUUUCUAGAGUGGUCAUAGUGCGAGUCUAGAGGAAAUAGCUUGCUAGCUUGGCAUGGAGAGGGAAGCAAAGAAGAGGAAGACGGAGUAUGUUGAAGAAGAAGAAAAGGGAAAGGAAGAUGAUGAUGAUGAAGAAGAAGAAGAAGAAGAAGAGAAGAUGGAGAAGUUCUUUGCUUUGCUGAGAAGUACAAAACAAAUGCAUGAUCAGAUAAGAAGAAACUCAAAUAGAAUAUUUAAAGAGAAAGAGGAGAUCAGGAAAGUUGGAGAAGAGAAGGUUAGUGUGGCUUGGAAUCCAUCAUUUCUGCCAGAAGACUUCUUGGAGGAUGGCAAGGAUGGUCAGGCAGCAGCCGGUCCUUCCAAGAGAAAGGAAGAAGAGAAAAAGGACGAGGGAGAAGAAGGCACUGGCUUGGACCUAAAACUUUCUUUGUAGAGGGGAGCUGGCCUCCUCCCCCAACUCCCUUUUCUCUUCUUGCAUGUUGAGAAGCUUUCACAAUGAAAGGUCGAGCGCUACAAUAAGUAACAGCAAUACUGGGCAGCAUUUCCAUGAUGUGCUGAGUUUAUCGAAAACA